GUGGCUGGUAGUUGUCUCUUCACGGUCCUUGCUGUUCGUGUCGCGAUCGAAGUUUCUCUUCGGUCGCGGUGGAUCGCGGGUUGGUCGGUCACUCGAAGAGAAACUGAAAAGCUGAGCGGUUACGAACGAGGGAGACUGUGCAGAGAGAUUUGAAUCCCGCGCAACGGACGGUCCAACGUUUUGGGCCGACCCUCCGCUCAGAAACGACGGCGGCAGCAGAAGAAACAAGCACAAACCGAUCGCGCCAUUGUGCAGCAAACGACUGAAGCCACGGUCGCCGCCUCGAAUUAACCCGACGGCUAGGCGCCGGUGGUGGGAGAGAACGGGUACCGGGCGCGCAGGCGCGGCGCUUGCUGCUACAGUACCGGCGCAACUUACAUCGCCACUGUGGGCAAUUCACUGGAUAUCGUGGACAAAGUUGUUUUCAACUCUGAGUUUUCUUAAAGGUUCUCUAGCGCGACGCCCGGAGCGGGGAAAAGAAAUGUAACCGUGGCUUUGUAUGAGCCAACGUUCACUUACGCGGAGUCCAACGAAGCGAACGGCACCAAAUUUUCGAGAAAGCAUUCGCUGCCCUUCGCUGCUCGACUCUGCGCGUCGCGCUAGUGGGCUGCUUUAAUAGAGAUAUAUCAUAAUGGACGACGUUGCUACGACACCAUCCGUGGAAAGACAGAAGGAUAAGACGGAUCCGGGCGCUAGUCGGCACGGGAACUUCAUGGAUUAUUACCAAUUCCAUCCUGCGGAAGAGCGCGUGCGACAACUUCCGUGUGACGUGUGGCGGCCAGCCCAUCCGGGCCGGAAAUACGUAGGCCUAGACGUCGGCUGUAACGUGGGGAAGCUGACGUACAUGUUGCACGAGUUCCUGGAGAAGUCCUUAGAUCAAAAGGAGGUUUGUCUCCUUGGCGUGGACCUUGAUCCAAUUUUAAUCGAGCAAGCACAGGGACGUAAUCCGCGACCGCAUCGGAUUAUAUUCGACCACCUCGAUUUCUGCGACGAUGACAGCAAUCGGACGCUGGAAGAGUAUCUUCGCCGGUUCGAGAAGCCACGUUUCGACGUCGUGUUCUGUUUCUCUCUGACGAUGUGGAUCCACCUGAAUCACGGAGACAAAGGAUUGAUCAAAUUCCUGCGGAAGGCUUGCUCGUUAGCGGAGAUGAUCGUGAUCGAGCCGCAACUAUGGAAAUCUUAUGCGAAAGCGUCCAGGAGACUAAGACGAUCCAAAGGCCAGGAUUUUCCGCUGUUGAAAACAUUGAAACUGAGGGGGGAUCCCGCAGCACAUAUUCAAAGAAUAUUAACCGAGUUAUGUAAUUUCCGAAGAGUGACGGUCACUGCCGCCAAUGAGUGGAAGCGAAGUAUAUUAAUUUAUGAGAGAACGUGAGUGUCCACUCUCUUCGGAUUUAUGCGCAUCCGAUCCACGUCAUAUGACUGAAUAGUUUUUUAUGCGACUCCGCAUACAAAUGUACAUAUCAAAUCGCGUCACCUCCUUGAGAGUCUUUUUUAUUACACCUGCCACUCUUUUUUACAAUUUUAUUCAUCGUCUUUGUGGAUGAAAUUGAAAAACAAACUUCGUUUUGGAACAUUCCUUGGAGUUCCUUAUUCUUGUUAUAUUCUUUGUUGAUCCUGUUUUUGUAAAUUCUGAGUGCUUGGCACCUAAUGAAUGAAUCAAAUGGAUUAAUGAAUCAAAUGGAAUUAAAUUGCAAUUUAUUUAUUGAUACCUA